UCCCCCCACCCUAUUGUGAAGCCGACUCACCUCACGACCCUUCCCCAGUCUCCUUGGCGGCAGCGACGGUCCCCUCGCCACCGUCGCCUUAUCCGGGGAAGGCAAUUGCUCCGGCGUUCCCAAGGAGAGUGGAAGAUCGGAAAGAAAUAUUGCAGAUUUGGAAGUACUGAGGGGCGCCAUCUGGUUUUUCUUCUCGGACCAGGUUCCAUCGAUCUCCUCUUCAUCUUACCGUCGCGUUCUCCUCCAUAUACCUUUCUCGCCGUGAGAGCGAGCGACACGAAUCAGUUUGGGUAUCAGUGGUGGUGGAUUUGAUCUGUAGUCGUUGCAGUUAGGUCUCUAGGAGCAGAGAGAACCACUGACUUGGCUGUAGAGAGAGAGAGAGAGAGACGGAGGAUGUCAAUAAGCUUGAAGGAGAAGCCGGCUCUUCUGGGCUUCCACAUGCCUGCGGAGUGGGAACUCCAUCAACAAUGUUGGAUCGGAUGGCCUGAACGCCUUGAUAAUUGGCGGGAUGGUGCACUUCCUGUUCAGGACACUUUUGUUAAGGUGGCAAAAGCAAUUUCAAAAUUUGAGCCCGUUACAGUGUGUGUUAUCUCAGAUCAGUAUACAAAAGCUUAUGAUCGGCUUCAUGAAAAUGGUAACAUCCGAGUAGUGGAGAUGAGCAUGAACGAUGCCUGGUUUCGUGAUAUUGGACCAACAUUUGUUCGGCGUGUCAAGUCUACAACAGAAGAUCAGGAGCAUCAAAUUGCAGGAAUUGACUGGAAGUUUAAUUGUUGGGGUGGACCAGAAGAUGGUUGCUAUAGUGAUUGGACACUUGAUGUUCUUGUAGCCCAGAAGAUUCUCGAGCUUGAUAGAAUAGCUAGAUUUUCACAUAGGAUGGUUCUUGAGGGUGGAAGCAUUCAUGUAGAUGGAGAUGGUACUUGCAUUACAACUGAAGAAUGCUUGUUAAAUCCAAAUAGGAAUCCUGAUAUGACAAAAGAAGAGAUAGAACAGGAACUGAUGAUGUAUCUUGGGGUUAGUAAGGUCAUCUGGUUGCCUAGAGGACUCUAUGGUGAUGAUGAUACCAAUGGCCAUGUAGACAACAUGUGUUGUUUUGUUAAGCCUGGUGUCGUGCUUUUGGCUUGGACUGAUGAUGAACAAGAUCCUCAAUAUGAGCGUUCGGUUGAGGCAUUUUAUGUUCUUUCCAACACAACUGAUGCUAAAGGUAGAAACAUAGAGAUUAUCAAACUUCACAUACCUGGCCCACUUUAUAUCACUAAAGAAGAAGCAGAUGGGCUUAUUUCUUUGGAUGGGAAUGCAAAACCAAGACUUGCAGGUACAAGGCUAGCUGCUGCCUAUGUGAACUUUUAUAUUGCCAAUGGUGGAAUCAUAGCACCAGCAUUUGGUGAUGAAAAGUGGGACCAACAAGCGUAUGCUGUCCUUGCAUCUGCAUUUCCUAAUCAUGAGGUUGUAAUGAUUGAAGGUGCAAGGGAGAUUUGUCUGGGAGGUGGCAACAUCCAUUGCAUCACCCAGCAGCAACCGGCUGCCAUACAUGCUCCAUUUGUAGCUUCCAAGUAAUGGAUCAACACACUAGCAAUAAGACUAGAGACGUAUUCUUCUCUGACGAGCGACGUGAAUAAAAUUGUCAGUGAAUAAGUCCUAGCAUAUUUAUUUUUUUGAAAACAAUGUUUUUUUUUCAUAAAAUGAUAUUUUGCAUCAAAAUUCGUGGAUAUACUGAGCAAAAUUCGUACUGUUUAAGUUAAUUUUUGCUCAAUAUACAAUUUAUAAUGACAUUUAACUAUUUUGUGCCGAUA